UGGCUGCACUGGUCGCAUGAAGUGUUUCUUCUUCAGUCUGCUUUUUCUUUUGUAGUUCUGCUGGGUCUGGACGUUCGAGUGGACUCUGCAAAGAAUCGGGCUGGAGAUUUAUUGCCGGCCUGACCUGAAGAAAACCGUAUCUGUGACAGUGUUUGCGCGGUGUCGAGCCAAAAUGCCUAACUCGGAAGAAAUGGAACGAGCCCCUCUCGUCUCGAAUACUAUCAACGGAUCGGAUGAGGACCAGCGUGAGCCACCACCUCCCUACACGUCCGUCGAGAACAGUCGCAGGGUGUGCGACGUGUGCCGAGCAAGUCUGACCUUCGCCAGCCGGCCUAGCCUGCGUGUGAUCACCUGCAGCCAGUGCAAAGAGGCCACGCCCGUGGAUGCACCGCCGCUGGGCAAGAUGUACUUCCGCUGCGUCUGCAACUGCCUGCUGACGUGCUCGUCCACGGCUCGCCGAGUCAACUGCCCGCGUGUCACCUGCGGUCGCACUGUCACUGUGCCUGCGAACAUGCGUCCCAGAAACACAGCCGCUGCCGCGUCGCGCGGGGGAUCAAACAAUCAGCUCACUUGCCCUCAGUGUCAAACCGUUAAAAUCUGGCGGCCUCGUGGCUACAGUGCUCGCCGAUGUACAAGCUGCUUGCAUGUAAUACCCGUCACAGCGCGCAUGCGUAGGCAUGCACAGACCUGGGGCCUCUUCUACCUCUUGCUCGGCUUGUUCUUCUUUGCUAUUUCAAUCGCCGGAGUUGUGCUGGUGGCUGAGUAUUCGGCAAGCCAUGGACUGUACUCUGCUUGUGCCACAUGUCUCUUCGGAAGUAUCUUCUUUUUAGCGCGUGCCUAUCUCUGCUUCACCUCCGUGAGCAGCUGAACUCCUGACAACACUAGGCCUAGCUCAUUUUUAAGACAAGGUUGAGAGUUAGCACUGCAUGUGCGCAGCCGAGUUUGGUUCGGUCAAGACAGAAUUGCUUCUAAGUGUAGCUAUUCCCCCUUUUCAAUUGCUUGCCCUUUGCUGCUUUUGUAGCCCACCUAAUACUUAAUAGGGGACCUGCAAACAACACGGCCAUCGACCCAUCCCUGUAGGCCAUAGAUAGGCUGGCUAACUUCACCCUAGCUAUGUUUCCCCACAUGCUUCAUCCUGUCUUAAAAAACGCGGCUGUGUAACUCAGUAUACACCCUACAGGUCGAAAGAAGCAAAGCAUCAACGCAGACCUUUUUUUCCCCCGUGUUAGUCGCAGACUUCCUAACUUUGCUGCAUUAUGUACACCGUGCACACAUGCUGCUUUCUCCCUCUUUUCCCUUGACUGCGUUGUGGUGUACACCGCCACACAUCUAUCCGAAUUAAUUUUGUUACUUUCUUUUCACGCGAGUACGUACAGCGAAACUGUCCAAUCGUGCUCAUUCUUGAUUUUUUCUUCUACAAUGUAAACGCACAUGGCCUAUGGCUGCAUGGAGCAGAAAUAACUCCAAAUAAGGCAGCAUCAAUAAACGAGACUUUGGAGCGUUCCACAUGGUUGCCAG